AGACGAAAGUAACCUACUUCCUUCAGCCAAGCAGCGGCUGCUUCUGUUGGUGUACUUGGAGAAUAAAAGAGGCGAACUGUAACUUGCGUCUUUGAAAACAGGCAACUUUGACAGCGUGAGAGCUCGGCGAUAGUAAAGUGCGAAGUGACUCACUAAAUCUGGUUCACGUAAGAGUUUCUCAGGUAGAGGUGCGUCUGAAGAUAUGGCCAAGGUACAAGUGUUAAAUGUUGCUGUAUUGGAUAACCCCAGCCCGUUUGGAAACCCGUUUCAGUUCGAAAUAACGUUUGAAUGCAUGGAGGACUUGCCGGAAGACCUGGAAUGGAAGAUCAUUUAUGUGGGUUCAGCUGAGAGCGAGGAGUACGACCAGGUUUUGGACUCUGUUUUAGUGGGCCCUGUACCAGCUGGCAGACACAUGUUUGUGUUUCAGGCUGACGCUCCUAACACAGGGCUGAUUCCAGAAAGCGAUGCUGUAGGAGUGACCGUAGUCCUUAUAACCUGUACCUACCGUGGACAGGAGUUCAUCCGCAUCGGCUACUAUGUCAACAAUGAAUACACGGACCCUGAACUGCGAGAAAACCCACCUCUCAAACCAGAUUACUCUCAGCUCCAGAGGAAUAUUUUGGCCUCGAAUCCUCGUGUCACCCGUUUUCAUAUCAACUGGGAGGGCUUGGCAGACAAGAUGGAAGACAGUGAGAAUGUUGACCCGUCCCCCAACAUCAGUGGCAUGCUCCCUCCAUCCUGUAUACCAGGAAAGAUGCCACAUCUAGGAGUGAUGCCAGAUAACUCCAUGGACUGCAUGUAAGAGGCAUCAGAUGAAUGCAAUGGAUAAGGAGCCCUUCUUAUCUAUACACACCCACAUUGCAGACACACAUUUAUACAAGGAGGCCAUGGAUGUUUCUGUAUAACAUGUGGACUUUAACAGAAAGCACAGGACACCACAGCAUAGACAUUAUCUUUUUAUAAAGCACUCAAAAAUGGGAUUGGUCUGGAAUUGUUACCACCUUUGGUUCCUCCUCUUUACGCACUUCCUUUCAACACACACACACAGGUGUGCACAGUCAGAUUUGCCUUAAUUUAUUGUAUUUCUGUAUAAGAUUAUAUUUCAUGCCUGGCUGAAAGAAGUGCAGAUCAUCAGUGCUGGGCCGGGUCGCUUCAACAGACCUGAAACGUGUGGGACAAACUCAAGAUUCUGAUACCCAUGCUGUUCAUUUUGGCCUUUUCUGCACAGAUCAACUAGUGCUAUGUGAUGGGAAGGAUGUAGCACCUAGUUGCUUAUAGUAGAGCACUUCAUUCUUUGUAAGAUUUGUCUCUUGUGACACCUACUGGGGGGAGGGAAUUGGGUUUAAAUUAUGGGCCAUGUUUAUGAUAUUGUGGCAUCAAGUGGCUUUAUUCGCAUUAACAUGUUUUGCCCCAGGGUUAUCCAGAUUACUCGGUAAACCUGCUUCUGUGAAUAGGCCCCAGUUCACCUACUGUUACAUAAAACGCCUAUAUGAGCAAAACAUGUAGGUAAUGAUGAAGGAUGCCAAACUGCAUUGUGUGUGUGUGUGGAUGAUUUAGGCUUACUGUAAAUAAUGUUUUCCCUGUUCUUAUUUUGUCUUCAAAACAAGAAGGCAUGUUUUCAUUUUGUACUUACUGUACAUUCUCAGCUUCAGUAUUUGUAACAACAGUGAUGGGGUUAAUAAAGUUUUUUUUGUUGACCUUGUCGUGUUUCCUGUUAAUCAGAACAUGUUACAUACGGCUGCUUUCCACCUUGACUUGUGUGGAAGGAAGCACUGCAACAGAGAGACUCGGCAUGUUGGCUUGCUCCUCGCCCUCCCAUCUCUGGCUCCUUUCUGUUUUCUGAUUUCAUUCAUAAAAUGCAGCACCACCAUUUUCACUCUAGCCUCAUGUUGCUAGGCAACUGCUGCACAAAAGGAAGGGGGGACCUGUCUGUGCUCUCUUGCACAUUUUAUCUUAGUUGAAGGGACCAACUCCCCCAUCCAUCCAUCUGUUACCUCUGUCUACUUCUCACAUGUUUGCACAGUUGACCAGUUUAUUUUCAUAUAUUCAUAUUUAGCAGUAAAACCCAUAUGCAGCUUCAAUUAUCCUUUAACAGCAGCCUGUAGCAGCGCUCAAAUGAUUUGUAGGUUGUAGGGGUCAGUUCCUACAAAUGUAGAUUUAAAUGUAAAUUUUGUAUUUAUUUAUUAAUAUUAUUAUUAUUAAUUAUUAUUUUUUAUAAAUGUCUGCCAUUAACUUGUGAAGCAUUUGACAUUGUUAUCAUCAUCAUCAUCCUGUCUUUUGUGGGGGGACUGUGAUAUAUAAGUUACAACCAAGUAUAAGUAGAAUUAGUGAUUUGGUUGUUUGAGUCCGUUUUACAUAACCGUGGUGGUGUCAAACCCUGCAGCAACUGAAAGAUCUCGUAUUCAUAGAAUGGAUGUUUUUUCAUACCAUGAGUUUUCUUUUUCUUUUCUUUUUUUUAAUUACCAACACAAGGUGAAAUUGUUAUUGAAAUUAGAUAUUCAGAUGCAAAUCCAUGUGAAACCGAGCCUUUUGAAGGUCCUGUUCAUAAAAGGACUCUCGGUCAUAUGCUAGGCUAAGCCUGCAGGUGAUCCAGGUGCUGGGGUGGAUGUGCUGUGUUGAAGGAAGCAGUUGGAGGGUUUCGAUGACUGUAAAACAUUGAGACAGACGGUAUCUCUCCGAGUGUUUAGAAAGACCGUCUUGUUUCCUGAUAUUAUUUCUCACUAAGUACACUCAUCAUUUAACGCACGGCGGUCUGCGAAAUGUUUAGAAGUCCUGCCAGCCCGACCGCGCCGCGCGUGCGUUAAAUUCUGACCAACAUUUCUAAAAAUAGCUCGCGGUUGACGUCACUUGGCCAAACGUGUAUCAGUCGCUUGGUGGCGGUGGGAGUGGGGGGCUGAAGAGGGUUUUUUUUCUACCUGCCAAUCGUUACUCAGAGCCAAUGGACAUCUUCACAUUCGCCGAGAUUCCCACGGUUCGCCCGCAUCGAGCCAAUGGAGGACGGAAACCAGGAAAAGUGGGCGGGUAUGUCGUCGGGAGGAAAAUAAUCGGUGACGUUCCCCUCACUCGCUUUGUGUAGGGCGGUAGGACGGUGCCGCGCUUG